GCGAGAUUACGUUUAUUAGUACGUCCGCCGGCUAUAGACCCUUGUUUUCGCCCCAAAUACAAGUGUCCAUUUCAAAGACAUCUGUGUCAAGCUAGCAAGAAUUUUCUGUUGAAGGAAGUUACCUGUAUUUUCGUAAGACGUUUCCUGAAUCGAUAAGCUUCUUCUUUGCAGAAAUCUGACAAGAAUUAGCGUGGCAGUAGUUGUAUGUACGAUUGAAAAGAUCGAUAAUUGUUAAAAGUACUUGACUCUUCAUUUUGUAAAAAAAUGUCUUUGGUCGAGAAAUUCGAAAAAGCAGCUGAGGAUGUUACAAAAUUGAAGUCAAAGCCGACAGAUGAUGAAUUGUUGGACCUGUAUGCUUUGUAUAAGCAGGCUACUGUUGGUGAUUGCAAUACAAGUCGUCCCGGAAUGUUCGAUUUAAAAGGAAAGGCCAAAUGGGAUGCUUGGAAUGCGAAAAAAGGUAUGAAACAAACAGAAGCUCAAGAAGCAUAUGUCACAAAGGCUAAUCAUCUUAUUGAAAUUUAUGGUCUCAGUUAAGCAGCUAAAACAUUGUUUUUAAUCUUUUGAUCAAAUUGGCGAUCCAGAAAAAAUCUUUUUUUACGUUUGAAUAAAAAUCAGUUUUUCUA